GUCAAGGUCGCUGAAGGCCAGCUGGCGCUGUCCCAAUGUGAUAGGUGAGCGAUUCUCAGGCUGAUCCGAGUGAAAUUUGACAAUCCUCGGGUGGACAAGAGGUAGCGCCAGAGAUUCAGAAUUGGUUGCAAGGGGUCAAGUGGUUCAAUCUGCAAGGAUGGCAUUGAGUUUGGGAUACACCGCACCAACAUGAAACAAGAAUAAACACACCAACAACAUUGACAUCGAGUUACUUGCAGCCUUCCCAAGCACCAUGGUCAGAGCUUUGCUUCAACCUCAACCAUGGAGGCUAGUGCUGCUGCAGCUCACUGGAGCUUUCGCCAAUAGCCUGGUCGGACCAGGAGCUGUCGGCUCAUACCAGGGCGGUGGCGGUGGCCGCCGUUUUGGUGGGUUUGCCCGCGUCACAGACCCUCCCGUGGGCUUUUUCCUGGGUGGUUCGAGCAUCAGGGACAUGAACGGCCUCUAUUCACGGGAGCAUCGAGUUCCAAAUGGUUUCAGUCACACUUUUACCUUUUCCUACCGACAUGACUACACUGGUUGGCGCUUGUGUUUGGUUGGUGCUCCUGAAGAUGUGAAACGCAGCAGUGGCCGACAGACCGAAUGGGUGCUGAUAGACCCGGACAGGGCUGAUCGCUUCAGGCAUGAUGGAGAUCAACUAAUUCCUGGAUCAGGGCAUCGUUGGAGCCAUGUGCACCGGACAAAGAGUGCGCAGCCUGAUCCGAAGGCUGGCAGUGCCGUUGCUCAUGCCAUGGAGGACGACGAAGAGGAGUUGCCUUGGCAACUUGUUGGUGUAGGGGAAGAAGAUAUGCUCAGACGGCUGAAACGAUAUUUUACAUUCUACAAGCAUGAGGUCCAAGCUGCGAUUGACGGGCAGAAGUUGCCAAAACUACCUGUUGGCGGCAAAGGCACAGCAACAUCUCCCCCCGAAGGGUUCCAAGCACCCAAAGCAGCUUUGCCGGGAGAAGAAGAUGGUACAGAUACGUGCCUUGAAGGAUCUGCAAGCUUAGAGAAUGCCGAGGCUGAACUGCAAGGUCCCAAGCUGAAAAGCGACCACUGGUCUGUGGCCAUGCUUCAGUUGCGCCGGGCAAUCUGCUACCGUAGACGUCGGGAAUUCCAGCUUGCGAAUGACGCUGUGGAUGCUUCGCUUGUGCUGUACCCCCGCUAUGCCGCAGCGAUCGAGGAGCUGGGCAAGCUACAAGUGGACCAGGGUCUUUACGAGCGAGCGAUCCACUCAUUCGAGACGCUGCUGCGCGUGGAUCGCAAACGGCCCUUUGUGGGUGACUGGCUGGUUCGCGUGCAUGGGCACAAGCGCCGACAAGAGACAGAGUUUCUGACCGAGAAGCCAGAAGUACUCCAGGGCCGAACUCCGGGCUGCAUAGCAUGGCGUCAAACUGGUGGUUGCUCUCCGACAGGGCUUUUGGAGCCUUCAGCUGAUAAGCCUUGCAACGCAGUCAUAGCGAAAGGCAAUUCUGGAUUUUGCCAAUGUGCAACCUCCGGUGCCCGCGGCAAAUCUGGCACAGCGCCAGCUACCGCAGCUGAAAGUGACUGUGAGCAUGAGCCCUUCACGUGUGCUGCAAAAUGUGCUGAGCGACAGCAGGCAGAAUCUGGUCAUGGACCCAAGCUUACUGAUGCAGCAGCGCAGUUGGCAGCAGAGGUCUCGAACGCUGUAGAUGUGCAGCCUUGCACGUUGCUGCGAGGAGGUGAGCUGCCUGAAUGGUGCCAACCGAACCACUAUUUGGUGCUGGGCAUCCGGUGUGAUUUUCCUGAUGAGCACGGUGAUGAGCUGAAGCGAGCAUACAAAAAACGUAGUCUACAGUAUCAUCCAGACAAGCUUGGAGGCUCUGCUCAGGCUUUUCAGCGAGUUGCCGAUUCCCAUCAGGUUCUGCUGGAUCCAGAAAAGAGGCGGGCCUUUGAUGAAGGUGCAGACUUCCCGAGAAAAGUUCAGCAUGAUGGAGCAGAGGGGGAAACUCACAAAGAGGAGAUAGAGAAAAAGUACUUUCCAGAAAGGUUUGACUUUGCACCGUUCGGCGAUCCUCAUUCUGACCGACGUGAGGCAAAGGCGAGGCAGCAAAGACUGCUUGAGACGAAGAGACAAGAAGCCCUAGCAAGGGAGGCCAAAGAAGCCAAAGAAGCUAAGCCUGACCGAAGGACUGACUUGUAAGGUGAACCAAGAGCCAGCCGGCCACAAGAUGCGGCUAGUCGCCAAGCUUUGCUGGACACGGCAUGUGGUUUUCUGCUUCUGAGCAUUUCUGCCAGAAGUGACUCUUGCGCUUGAAUAGCGCAACGCGCAAUACAUCGCAAUACCAAAAGAAGUCCUUGAUUGUGCACGAUUCUAGCCGCCAGAAGCGUAGUGAAAACACCCCACUGGUUAUUGCCGCCUGUGACACGUGUG